AUGAUUAAACCCCAGGAAGAGCGGCUCUCCGACCUGGACAAUAGCCGGCGUUGCUGGGCCACCAUCAGCCAGCUCUGCACGGACACCGGGUACUGCCAGGGCACCGCCUGCGGCUACCUGUCGCUCACCGCCUUCGUGUCCUACCUCAUCAGCAUCUACGGCUUCUUCUCCAGCAUCAACAUCUUUGCCGAGGAAGCAAAAGUAGAGUGGCAGCUACUCUUACCGCUUAUAUUCUAUUCUUUGUUCUUCUACGCCAUGUUCGACAGGGGCGAAAGCACGACAAAGGAGGUAUAG